GCUCGCUGGCAACGCCGCUUUGACAACGCAGAGAGGGACAAAGCGGAAUUUCAGCCCUGCAACUAUCUGCAGGUGAUGGGCAUGUUCAUCUUGUGGGUCGGCUGGUACGGCUUUAACGCAGGAGGAAGCUUGACAGCUCAACCGGGCAGUUCCCACACUGCUGGUUUGGUGGCAUGGAACACCACCGUUGCUGCCGCUGCGGGUGGCUUUGGGUCCUACCUGUACCUUUACGGUUUUCGACUGAACUUGGACGUUGGAUUUCUCUGCAAUGGUCUUCUCUCUGGGUUGGUCUCGAUUACGGCUUGCUGCGAUGUGUCCACGCCUUUAACUUCCAUGCUGAUCGGCCUUCUGGCCGGCCUCGUGGUCUAUCCCAUGGCCUCCAACGGCAUGCGACGGCUGCGUUUAGAUGAUCCGGUGGAUGCUGUCCCUGUCCAUGCAGCGAGUGGCCUUUUUGGUAUCCUGGCGGUGGGCCUUUGCUUUCCUGACUGUGCAGCCCUACGGGAGAAGGGUCUCAGUGAGGCUCAGUCUAUGUUCUGCAGAGAAGAACAUCAUGUUGGAAAACAGCUUCUAGCACAACUCCUAGGUGGCGUUGUGAUCAUUGCAUGGACAUUUUUGAUCUCCUAUGCUUUUUGGCUGCUGCUGGCAGCUGCGGAGUGUGUUCGAGCACUGGAGUUGGAGCAGGUGAACCGUGCGCAGAAUCUCUUGCGUCAGCUGACCGGUCAAGGGGCUUUGUCAAAGUCCAAAGUUCACCAAGAUUUGGAAUCGGCGGCGCAUCUGUCCCGCACUGUUCGACGCGCCCUAAAGGAGCACGGCUGGACGGGCAGUCGCUUCCUAUUGGGGCAGCCGCAAGAUUUGGUCAGCCUCUUGACAAAGUUGCAGCAAGCGCAAUUUGGAUCUCUGGAGACAGCGCUGGAGACUGAGGUCUGUGCCCCGUUGCGAAUUUUGGUACGAUGUUGUUCCUCCUGGUGGCUCUUCCGUGAAUUGGCCUUCGCUCGUUUGCGGAUCCACCCUUGGGCGGAGAUUUCCGGUUUGGGAGCCGCGGAAACCGAUGGCGGCAAGCUGUAUAUGGCCAUUCAACGAGCCGCGGGGCAAAUCGCUGAACUGCGGUCACAGACACAUGCCGAGCCACUUCAGACUGAAGUGCGUGAGCUGGGCAUGCUGGUGCGCAGUCAGGAGCUGAAAACAGAUGCAACGGGAUGUGUUGCUCCGUCGCUUGAUCACGCGGAGGUAUUCGAACCUGUCUUCGAGGCGUUUGAGCCAUAUUCCAGAGAGACAGGAAUCUACAGAAGCAACGCGGGCAGCGUGGAGUCUCAGUGGGGUGGGGAUUUCACCAGGUCAUGUCACUUGCGCCAUCGACAGCAGCCCAUGCAAGGCAUGAAAGGCAAGAUUGGAUAG